AUGCGCUUGCGAUGGAAGGCCUCUGAAGAUGGUGAUUGUCAAAAAGCAUCUGCAAAAUGGGCCUCAGACAAACGUCUUGUGGACUGGUCAUGGGCUGUUGUAUUUAUUCCAUUGUGGAUUGUGCUCUCAUUAUCUGCAGUGGGCGUUUUAUACGCUCUUGUGCUCUCUAUCGUGUUAGCGCGAUCACGUCACCUGGUCCCAUCGCAUCGAAGGCAGCAUGUUACAUCGGCGCUAUUCCAUGCUUGCCUUGUUGUUCCUGCGUUGAUAUGUAUGGUGCUGCUAACCGGAAAACUAGACGCUCUGGAAUGGGGAGACAAUGAUCCUGCUGCCGACAUGCCAUUUACGGUAUAG